AGGAAGUGAAAGCAAGUGAAAUGCUUGGAACUGAAAUUCGCGUUUCGUCGCUAAUGCAUUGAGGGUUUAUUAUAUAUCAAGACAAUAAGACACAAUGGAUAAGGUGAUCUGAAAUGAACAACGAAAUGCAGAGUGGAUCUUCACCUCCACAUUGUCACUUGGUCCUGCUUGGACAGGUCGGGGCUGGAAAAAGUUCCUCAGGAAAUACGAUACUGGGACAAAGAAUAUUUCAUUCAAAAAAAAGUUUAAAUGCAGUAACACAAGAUGUUCAGAGAGCCUCUGUGACAAUUAACGGCCUCAGUGUGGAUAUUUAUGACACCCCUGGGUUUUUAGGUCCUGGGGUUCAGAAUGAAGAGAUUGAGGGAAAAUGCCAGAAGCUUCUGCAGUUGAAUUCGUCAGCCCCCACUGUGUUUCUGUGGGUGAUCAGCACUGAUAGAUUUGCAGAACAAGAGAAGAAAGCUGCUGAUUUAGUUUUAAGUUUUUUAGGAAUUAAUAAUUUGCAGAACACUUGGAUUAUCUUCACUAAAGGAGAUGAGCUGGAGAGCGAUGAAAACACCAUUGAACAGUACAUGGAGGACUCAGAAGAGCUCAAAGAGCUGGUGCUGAAACUGAACAACCAGUAUCUGGUUUUUAACAACAAACAGAGUCUAAGUAACAGGAAGCAAGCUGAAGAGCUAAUGAGGAAAAUUAAGCAUAACGGAAAAACUAACGGGAUAAUUGAAACUGACCUGAGUUUUGCUCAAGAUCAGCUGAGCCACACAGAGCAGCAGCCGGUGGGGGAGCCACCUAACAGAGAUCAGAGCUGCUCUUCACCCACUGCAGCAGCUACCCAGACCCCUCUGUCUGAUGGGAACAACAAUCUCCCUCUUCGUAAAAUAAUGCUUCUAGGGAAGACUGGUGUUGGGAAAAGUGCAACAGGAAACACCAUCCUGGGAAUAGAAGUAUUCCGAUCUGAGAAAGAUGUGAAUGCUGUAACUACGGAGAGCAGUGUGAAAGACUCGAAUGUAUUUGGGAGGAAAGUGUCUGUGAUCGACACGCCUGGAUUCUUUGACACAAAACUGGAGGAAAACCAGCUAGCCAAAGAGUUUGGAAGCAGUUUGUGUCAGGCUGAAGGAGGUAUUGAUGCUUUCCUUCUCAUCUUUGAAUACGGUCGGUUCACAAAGCAGGAGGCAAACAUGUUGAAGCGUGUAGAGACUGUGUUUGGAAAACAUGUGACCAAGCACAUUAUCAUCGUUUUCACCCAUGGAGAUGAAUGUGAUCGUGAAAAAUUAGAUUCAGGCAUACACAAGAACGAAUUUCUCUCUGGUGUGAUCAAUAAAUGUGGGCAGAGAUAUCACAUCAUUGAUAACAAAGAUAAUAACAGUGAUCAAGUUAGUCAACUACUUCAGAUGAUUGACUCAAUGCAAGAAGCUCAUGGGGAAGGAUGCUACACCAAUGAGAUGUUGAAAAUUGCAAAUAUGGGUUCACUUGAAUACAUCUGGCACAAAUUGAAGGAAAUAUUAAAGAAGGCAAUACAAAUUCUUUCUGGCUCCAGUAAUAAAGAGAUGCCUGAUCCUGCUCAAAUAAAGCCACUGCUCACAUAGGCCCUGAUUGACACUGUCGGUCCUGAUCUGCUCCAUAAAUCUGAAUACUUUUGACAGUCCAUUCAUGUGUUCUAUCAAUGGGCUAUACGCACACAGACUUUUAAUUUCAGUCAGCCAGCCCUAGGGCUUGUGAUGAAUUGUCAUCCCAUAAAAAAAUUGCAGCGUUUAAGAUCUGAUUUCUUUUAAAAAAUCAGCGAUCUUCACUGCCUGGCUGAGAUACAAUAUAAAAUCUGGAAAUGAAUUUUAGCCCAGUGGAGUUUCAGUGCUCACCUGCUGCUCCUGAUGGCACCUGUGUUUAAACAGUCUCUUUUUAUGUUUUAACAACCAAAUGGAUGCUUAAGUCUAUUUAACUGAAUAUAUUUGACUUACAUUACAACAUCGAUGCUGUAAAAGGAACUGUAUGAAAUUAAAAAUAGCCGCACAAGUCAUUUACUGGAAGUUCAUUGGCUGAAAAACAGUAGCUGUGCAUAUAGCUCAUUGAGAUCCACAUCCAGUUUUACACCUGAUGUAUCUUCACACAUGGUUUAAAAGUGGUUCUUGCACCAUGCACUGGCCUAGAUGGACUAAUGUGAAAUAUGCUUGAUGCUUGACAUUUGCCAAACAUCCCCAUGAUUCUGAGGCAGUGAGGGCAGCAUGUAUAUGCACAUGUAGUUUCACUUUAUUGGUCCUUACGGAAAUAUUGUUUGUAUCUGUGGCAACUCAAGUAAUCAGCAAGUGUUAGCAAUACUCCAUACUUACCGAUUGACAUAUCGUCUGCAUAUUUGAUUUUGAAUACUUGAAGUAUAUUAAGAAGUGUUUUUAAAGUCAGAUAUUUUUGGCCUACAUUAUAUUAUUUAGAUUAUAUGUUUAGAUUAUAUAUUAGAAUAUUUAGCUUGUUUAAAGGAAAAAUUCACGUAAUUUUGAUUCAUUGUUUCUGAAAAAACAAAACAUAUCACCUGUGGACUUGACGGUGUUGCUAAAAGUGAAGUAGUUGCUCCUUGUAAGUUACAAGUGCUACAAUUGUACAUUACAAUUACUUGUAAGCUACUUGUUUGUUUGCUUGUCUUUAAAUAGACUCUUGGGAGUCCUUUUGUUAAACGUGGAUGCCAGAUUUAUGUUUCCUUAAUUUCUCCUGGUUUUGAACUAGAGAGGUAGGGACAAAAUAACAGAAAUAAAAAAUACGAAACUACUCCUGUCUUCCC